AUGGCUUUUCGAUCACACCUCCUUGCGCUGCUUGCAGCAGCUUUCCUGUGUCUGGGGUUGUGCGCUGCAAGUAGUGUCCCUACGCAGGGGGGCAUACGCUCGGCCAUAUCACCUCCCUCUCUCGACGAAGCGCUUGAAACAGUACAGCUCUGGAAGCGUCGAUCACACUCUUCCCCCAGUCGAUGCGCCUCUCGAAAAUCCAAGACCAUCCACAACGAGAACGGCUAUGGCGGCUACUACGCUUACGAGCAGGGCAGUAAAAAGAGCACCAUAGGUGGCACCACCCCCGACGGCUCCGGCACAGCCCCCCGCUUCGACAACAGCACCGGCGCCUUCGUCACUCUCGCCGAUGACGCCGCCGCCAACAACGUCGCGAACGACAAGCAGAAGUACCUCAGCUACCUCGGCGGCGCCGCCGUGCCCUUCAAGUCCGGCAACAAAUCACCCAACGGCGUCACAGCCAAAAAGCUCGACAACCUCGGCUUCAACACCGUCGACGAGAAUAACGUCAAGAACGGCGACUGCGCUGUCCCCAGCACCGCAUACGGAUACCAGUACGAAUCCAAGUACAAGCUUUCCACCGGCAACGUUGCAGUCUACUGUCUUUGCGAGCCGUCCGGCCUGUGCGGCUGCGACGACCACCACUCCAACUCCAGCUUUGUCCCCGCCAUGCUCUCGGACAUUGGGAUGGGCACUGAGGCGCAGAACAUCUCCAAGGCUUGCACCAUCUCGCUUGAUGGCGCGACUACUAUCCUUGUUGAUGGCGGGUUGUCGAAUGGUUCAACCAAGGCUGACCCUGCUGCCCCCGCUGUCCGCACUCGCAAGAACACGUGCGCUGGCCGUGCUUUGACUGGCGGGACUGACGGUUCUGACAGUACUGACGAUACUGGCGCUGCGGCAUCUUUAGCUGUGAAUGGCUGGCUUGUUGGGACUGUUGCUCUUGGGAUGGCUUCGCUUAUCUGGUUAUAA